UUUAUAAUUUAUAUACGGUUCGGCAUGAAAACUAGAGACCUCUAUAGUUCGCGUACAAGGUUUCACUGCGCAAAACUCAGUGCGCAUAUGGAUGAAUUAAAUUUUAAAUGAUUUAUUGAAAAAUAUAUUAUAAUUGAUUAAAACUGUUUAUAGAAUUUACUAAACUCUAUUAUUAAUUAUUGAUUUGUUUAAAUUUGCUAUUGAUUAUAUAUUUAUAUCACUUUGGAAAUUCUAAACAAUUCUAAAAUGUAAACAAGCGACAUCUCGUGAGAGGCUUAAUCAAAGUGUAAAGAAGCCUUAAUAUUUUUUAUUGCCCUAAAUUUCUAAGUUCUAUUUAUGUUUUCAUGACUGAAAAAAUAGACUACGUCUCACGUGUUUAACAAUGUUUAUAUCAAUAGAAAAAACCAAGUAAUUAUUAAAUAUUAUUUAUAAAUAAUAUACAAUAAACAAUUAAAUUAUUGAAUCUAAUUAUACAAAGUGAACUAUUAUUAUUUGAGUGUUAGUUUAACCCUGAAUUGUUGGACUUUUCAUAAUUAUCAAGUGUAUUAAAUCAAAACAAAUAAACACACAAUAUGCCACUCAUAAUUUUAACUGGAAUUCCUUCAAGUGGAAAAACUAAAAGAACUAAUGAAUUAAAAGAGUUUUUUGAAAAAGAACAUGGACUUGAGGUUAAAGUUGUUGAUGAAAUUGAGAUAGCUGUCAAAGCUGGAUUUGAUCGUAAUUCCUUGUACGCAGCUUCAAAAAAUGAAAAGCUUAUCCGAGGAGAUAUUAGAUCAUGUGUUCAACGAUUAUUAAAUCCAAAUGAAGUUUUAAUUGUUGACGGUGGUAAUUACAUCAAAGGUUCUAGAUAUGAGUUUCAUUGUUUGUCAAAACUUUAUAAGACAACUCAGUGUACAGUUUAUUGUGAUUUGCCAGUUGAAGCUGCUUGGUUAUUGAAUGAGUCAAAAUUACCAGAUGAAAGAUACACAAGACAAACAUUUGAUGCAUUGGUAAUGAGGUACGAGCCUCCAGAUAGUAGGUGUCGUUGGGAUAGUCCGCUGUUUUCUGUAACUCCAGAAGAUACUAUUCCUCUGAAGGAUAUAUACGAGUCGUUGUUUAUGGCUAAAGCAUUGAAGCCCAACUUGAGUACACAAACAGCUCCUGUGUCGUCGACAAAUUAUCUAUAUGAGCUUGACAAAAUAUCUCAAAAAAUUGUUGAUCUAAUCAUUGCAGCUCAUCAAAUGGGAGUUACAGAUGACAUUCAACUACCAGGUUUUAAUUUGACAGUUAAUAGAGGAUUAAAUACUGUUCAACUUACUCGAUUACGUCGUCAAUUUUUGACGUACAGCAAAAUGCAUCAAAUUGAAAUCAAUCAAAUACCUCAACUGUUUGUCCAGUAUCUCAACAAAAGUGUAUAGUAGCAGAGAAUAACUACAUUGCUAGGUCAGAUUUUAUAAUUAUUUUUUGACAUUUGCUUAUUCUUUUUUUUUUUUUUUUUUUCUUACUGACAAGCCUUCGUCUUAUUUUCGUAUAUAAAUUGUAUAUAAAUAAACAGAUUAAUACGACUGAUAUGAAUUUAAAUUUUUUUUAUUAAAAAAAAUCGUGUAAAAUUUUUGU